CAGGGCGCAGCGCUGCUCCCUGGUAAACAGAGCGGCGCGGCGGCGGCGGGGCCCCAGAGCUCACAAAGGGCUGCCAGGCCGGGCCGAUGCGUGGCGGCGGCGCGGCGCAGACCCGGCGGCGCUGAGGCGGAGUGCCCAUGGCGGAGGCGGGCGGUGCCGCGGCGGCGCCGGACAUCGACCCCGACUUCGAGCCUCAGAGCCGGCCGCGCUCCUGUACCUGGCCGCUGCCGCGGCCUGAGCUGCCGGCGGCGCCGGCGGAGGCGGGCGGCGCGGCGGGCGCGGCGGAGGAGGGCGCAGGUGGCGCGGCGGCGGGGCCCGGGCGGGCCGAGGGGGCGCGGGCGGGCGGCGCGGCCGCGCGGAAGGGCGGCUCCCGGCGCAACGCCUGGGGCAACCAGUCCUACGCCGAACUCAUAAGCCAGGCCAUCGAGAGCGCCCCCGAGAAGCGGCUGACGCUGGCGCAGAUCUACGAGUGGAUGGUCCGCUCCGUCCCCUACUUCAAGGACAAGGGCGACAGCAACAGCUCUGCCGGCUGGAAGAACUCUAUUAGACAUAACCUGUCCCUGCACAGCAAGUUUAUUAAAGUCCAUAAUGAAGCCACAGGGAAGAGCUCUUGGUGGAUGCUCAAUCCUGAGGGUGGUAAAAGUGGAAAAGCACCAAGAAGAAGAGCUGCCUCCAUGGACAACAGCAGCAAACUAGCAAAAGUCAGAGGUAAAGCAUCCAAAAAGAAGCCUCCUCUCCAGUCUGCUCCAGAAUCCACUGCUGACAGUCCUAGCUCCCAAUUCCCUAAGUGGCCUGGGAGCCCAUCCUCAAGAAGCAAUGAGGACUCUGACGUGUGGAACACCUUCCGGCCUCGAACCAGUUCCAACGCAAGCACCAUUAGUGCCAGGCUCUCUCCUAUCCUGACUGAGCAGGAUGACCUCCACGAUGAAGAGCUACUUCCUUCUCUAGUGUACUCCAGUGCAUCCAGCAAUGUUCCACCAACUGUGACUGAGGAGCUUGAGCUCAUUGAUGGGUUAAAUUUGAUGUCUCCCAGGUCAUCUGUGUUAUCUACCCAGCAAUCUGCCUCGAGUGGUCAGAUCCAGAGAGAUACCAGCUUUUCCUUGCGGAGCCCAAAUGCAGCUGGUCAGACCACUACUUUUGGCAGUUCCCUUUUUAACCCUGUUGAUAUCUCACUGCAAAGUUCUGUCAGCCAUUUCUCUACCCCUCAGACCUUGGAAGCUCUUCUGACACCCAGCUCUCCGCCUCCAAGGGAUGUUAUGAUGACUCAGGUGGAUCCAGUUCUCCCACAGACUGGUAACAGGAUGAGCAGCCGAACUCUUCUGCUUCUAGGUGGACAAACCACCCAGAGUAAGAUGGGCUCAGGCAAUCCACGAGGAAAGCCUACAGAGCAGCAGGCAGAGUCAGUCAGUGCCAGUGUUUUGCCAUCAACGCUUCCCCUAGUAACAUCUCCUCAAAACACUGCCAGCAUCACCAGUUUGAAGGCUCCAGUACCCACAACAACUGUCCAGUCAGUCCAGCUGGGCAGUCCGCUGCUGCUUUCUUCUGCUAGCCCUGCUCCCUUGGGGUUGAACCAGGACAGGCUGCCCAUUGACCUGGACCUUGACAUGUAUAUGGAGAACCUUGAAUGUGAUAUGGAUUACAUAAUCAACAGUGAACUGAUGGAUGGAGAAGGACUGGACUUUAAUUUUGAACCCAUUCUGUCUACUCCCAGCUAUCCCAGCACCUCGCAGGCCUCCAGCCAUACCUGGGUACCAAGUUAACUUCAGGAGCACAAAAAGUGUCCUUCAGGUUUUGAACAUCGGGUUCUGACUUCACUUCCCACCCCCAGCAGAGAAAAGAAUGGAGCACGCUGGAUUCGGUUUCCCUGCACACCACGCCUUGGGCAGAAGGGGCUGCCCACCUGGGAAGAAGGGGCAACCUGCAUCUGGCUGCAACAGGAGGAGUUCAAAAAUAAUAAUCCUGUUAUGUGCCACGGCUCUUCCUACAAAUCUGACCCUGCCUUGAACCACCUGGAGAAACCCUGGGCUGCAUGUGUCCAAAGAGGAGCCCUGGGAACAGCCUCGGCCAGAAGACUCUGUGCCAGGCAGUAGUGUUUUCCCAUGGGAAGAGUUGGGUUUGCUGGAGGAAUCUCUCAAUAGCUGUCCUCUCUCUGCUAUGGCAGAAGGUCUCCCAGUGCCUCGGAGUGGCAGAGGGCUGGCUCUGCUCUCACUUGCCUUGCCCUCUGGGGCGAAGUAGUUGGACGUUUUGAUUAAGUCACUAGAUGUGUACUUGGUGUCCCACAGACUUGCAGAGCUAUUGGAGCUUUUUAGUGGAACCCCUGUGGGAAAAGGGUGCACUGUUUUAGGAGCUGGUUUCAGUGUGCCCAUCUCUGGAGCACCAUGGUUGUUCUGCAGGGAGGGGUGGUGGUUGUGGUGUGGAAGGCUUCCUCUUGUCCACCUGCAUGGAACAGGAGGACACUUGAGUUUUUCACUGUGCCAGCUGAGCCCCGUUGAAUCAGAAGCAUGUUCCAAGAAGUCCCUGUGCUAUUCUAAGCACUCCCCCAAUACAUCAGGCCACUGUAAAAUAAGCACAGGUGCUAAUAGCUGUUUAUGGGACAUAAAACCAUCAUUUUGGGUUUGUUUCCGAUCUGUCUUGCUACAGCAGAGAAAUGGAAAGCCUGGUUGUGGCCUUAACCAAGCCCUGGUUGCUUUUCAGAAGGGCAUUUUCUAUAGAUUAAAUAUUUUUUUACUAAUCUGGGAACUUUCUACAGUGAAUAUGAAGCCAAUGUUCAGUGUGUCCCCAUUAAGCAUCUCUCCCUCUGAGAGAGUACCAGUGACAGACUUCUUUUUCAGAGCUGUGUUAGGAACAAACACAUUUGAUGUUUGAUAAUAUAUACGACUGAGGAGAAAGAAUUGGUAGGUCCCUGUGGUUUCAAACCACCUUGGAGAAGAGUUGUACAUUAUUGUAAUCUAUAUGUAAAAGUAGCUGCAAAUUACAUAGAGGCUUUUCUAAACCUUUUAAAAUAUAUAUUAUAUAUUUUAAUUGAAAAUGAAAUUAUUGGGUUAAAAAAGAGACAACCCCACAUUUGCUGCAUCUGUCCUCAGAUAACACUACAGCAUGAGAGGGGACAAGCCUAAGGCAAGAAGCUGAGAAUGUCAUUGGAAAAGUGGGAAGGGCACCCCGGUGGAAGUGGGGAGUGGCUGCAGUCCCCAGAAGAGGCAGCGGGUGCUUGCGUGGUGUGGCACGGCCAGAGCACUGGGGCUCUCCUGGGCUGGGCCCUCCCGCCAGGCCACGAGCAGGAGGGAAGGGAACGCUAAUCACUAACGGCACACUCAUCCUCAGCUCACCCCUGAGGCACCUGAACUGCUGCUGGUGUAGGGCAGAUUCCCUAGUCUGCUGAGGAGAUGCUGUGGGCUGGACUGUGCUAGAUCUGCUGACACUGAGUAGCCCUUAUGGAAGGCGUGAUCAGUUUUAUUUGGUUGCUCGCUUUUUUAGUUUCUGAGGGGUUUUGUUUUCUUGCUGAAGGUUCUUCUGCUGCUGGGGAAGAUGAAGCCUGUAGGCACACCCUUGGGGAUGUGGCUGGGAUCCUGCCCUGUCUCUUUGUUCUUGUAGGACAGAAGGUAGGAGUCAAGAGGUUAGUUCAGAGCAUCACCUGGCGUGUUCCUGUCACCUUGUUCGUGUUUGCAGUGGCAGGAUCUCUGGGAGAAGUGAUGCUUCCACAGUGUUCUGGUAGGCUUGGUCUGUCAAAGUCCCUCCAAUCCUUUCUGAAGGUAGAGGAGGGUUCUAUUCAGAAGAUUUGUGUCAUGCAGUGCAGUGAGCCAUUACUGUCUUACCACCUUGUCCCUCUGGUUUCAUGGGUUUCAUUGCAUUUUCAUUUGAGUGGAAAUUGGAACAGGAAUGGGUUUUUUUUCUGGUUCUCUGCAAGAAAGAGUCUUCAAAGGUCUUACCUGUACCAUGAUCUGCCAUCAGAGCUUUUCAAUACUUUGACAGCCUUUGCUCUGAAGGCUGAUUCAUGGCAGACCUCAUUGUGGUAACGUUUGGUACUUACCCAUGAUCUGGGUUUCUGUCCAAGCCUCUUUGUGACAAACAAAAAGGCAGAUCCUAAGCUGGGAUCCUCAGUCUUGCAGACUUCAGUCAUGGAUAUCUAUUGUCACUGCAGUUAGCUCAUCACACAAAUGGAUAGAUACCCUUUCCACCAACACCUGAUGGCAUGUGCCACGUGUGAGAAUUGGCCAUUCUGGGCUGCACCUCACAGAUCUGGCAGGAUUUGUGUUAUUUGGCACAUAAUAUACCACCUUGUUAUUUCACACCCUGAGUGGAAAUGAAUCUCAUCAUCACCAGAGCAAGUUGACUGGCUGCCUGUGCUUCACAGCCAUGUAUAAGAGGUCAAGACACCAGUAUGUGGGGUCAUGUUAUGUGUGAAUCUCCAGCCCAUCUCAUGAAAAUGAUGCCCAAAACAAUAGGAAGGACAAUAUUAGCAAUUAGUGCUUCAGACCUGCUAGUCUGUGUUUCUGUUGGUCUGUGGGGAAGAAGUGCUGUCCUCAGGCUAUUGCAAGGUGUCCCCUGGGUGUAACAGCACUGAGGACCUGGCCUGGUCUCUGACUGUAGGGAGCCUGGCUCUGAGCACUCAGGUACACCCUGGGGAAAUCAGCCAUGCUCAGCUGCUACGUGGCCUCAUCCUGCUUCAGCUGAAGGAGCUGCAGUGCAGGCACACCAGGGCUUAUGGUGGCUGCUGUCCUGCAGUGUGAGUGCAUGAGAGAGCCUGUCCUUUCAGUACAGAAUAGAACACCUCUCUACUUUCUUUUCAGGCCAGAGUCCUGCAGAAUUGCCUGUUCUGGGGACAGCACUGCAGACAGGAGCACCUCUGGCUGGAGUUCAGCUGAAGCAGUGUUCUCACAGUUACAUCUCUGACUUGCACCAGUCUGUGCAGAUACUCUCUGUUUCCCCAACACAACAGGAGCUGGUGGUGACUCAAGAAGCCUUGAGAGUGCUCUGGUGACGAGGAUGGUGUUCAGAAGACUGAUUGAUGGUGUUCCAGGAGUGCUCGAUAAACCAUGAAUGUCAUGUCAGAGGCUCAGUCAGGCAACUCAGUUUCUCAUUUGUAUGUGUAGCAGGAUAGCUUGGGUCAUGGCAUAGAGGACAGGGAUGCAGACAAUUUGGGAGUUUUCCAGCCCCUUCACAAAUAACUUCCUUUUCAUAAACCUAGAGCUUUUCUAGACUGGGAUAUUUCUUCAUAGGACACAGGAGACUUUAAAGUUCCUAAACUGCUACUUGCUGAGAGGCUGUACCUGGCAGGAUGUUGCUCAAUACUUGUCCAGUUUGUUGUGUUCGUGCCCAAAGUGUUUGCUACUGACUGCUGCUGGAUUCAGGAGUGUCUCAGUGGAUCUUUGUUCUGUGUUAGCACUGCAGGCCGUGUGCUUGUGGGCUAUUUUUUGCUCUAAUUUAGGGUUGGGUUGAGAUUUCAAGAGCAGUUGUGAGCUGGGUGGGGAGAGAAGGGGCCAGUGGUGUGGGGAGUGAUGCUCCUGGAUAAAUGCCUGAGGGCAUUAGGCAGGGGACUCUUGGCAUGAAGCCUUACAUUAUGCCGUAUGCAUUCUCCAGAGAAUCAAAUGCCAUCUUUCACUGUAUGAAGCCAUCAUGUAGCUCUGGGCUGGGAAGGAUUCAUGUGACUAGGCCCAUGGAGCCUAGCAGGAGGCAGACUUGUUGCUUUUAUUUACACCUGGGUUUAGGAAAUUGCUUGAACCUUCUUUAUAACUUUCUAACUUGAGCAUAUUUUACUUCCCAGCUUCCUGUGAGAGCUGGGGCCAUUGAAAGCUUCUUGGAGCCCUUAAUUUUCCUUAUUGGUGUGUCUAAAAACAUGGCAUCCCCUUCCCUGUGCAGCAGUGGAAUUUAUCCUGGUGAGUGAGAGGAAUGAAAGCAGUGGGAGCAUUCCAGAGCCCAGGUGUAUUCAUAAACGAGGCUCACACUAGAAGCAAGUAGUGCUAAUCAACUUUUCCAAAGGAAAUGCCUAGAAAGCUUUUGUGUCGUUCAUCAUUUGUUAAUUUUCUCUUUCUUAGUUGCUGAUUUCUAGCCACACUCAAAUGCUUCAGGGCUAACCUUGCUCCAGGAAUGAGAAACCUGUGUCUGGUGCCAUGCUAGGAGUGCCUUGGGAGUGGUGUCCUGGGCUGUCACAAAAAUAAUGUGCAAGCUUGGACCCAUUAUUGAAAAACAAACCCCCAAACCAAACAAAACACAACGAAGCAAUCAACUUUGGGGCAUGGGCACGAACAGGGAUAGCUUAGGGUUUGCUUCAGUUGCAUAUCUAAUGAAAAACCUGUUCUAAUUCAUGUGGGGAAAAGCAAGCAAGAGAUCACUCCUGAAGCCUGAAAGAUCUGUCCAUAUGAAAGCUCAGUAGCAUGUGAUAACCCAUCACUGCAGUCGCUUGCCCUUCAAGGAAGGGGAUCCCCUCUCUUCAGUAGCCUUUGUCUCACCCCACACUCCAGUGUGUCUGUGGCCUUUGGAAAACAAUCUCUGAUGGUAUCAAAAUCUGAUGGGAUACUGUGGUAUGAAGCAGGGAGAAGAGGCAGCAGGAGCUGAAGGUGAAAGCUGCUGCUGGUGUGUUUAUGGCUCUGGCUGAGGUGUGUGGUAGAAGGAAUGUUUGCAGCUGGUGUCAUGGUGCUCCCCAAGCUGUCUUUGGCUGUGUAGAUAGAUCACUCCAGAAAGAGACCCUCUUAAUAAGGCAGUGGGGAUGGUUCUGUGAAAUGGGGCUUCCAGCACAGUGGUCUUCACCUGGUGUGAUACCAGGAAGGGUUUCUGCGCUGCUGGUGCAGAGGUGUGCUGCACACAGGGCAGGCAGCCCCAGCUCACACAGCUCCCAGCGCAUCCUCUCACAGCCCCAGCUCACACAGCUCCCAGCACAUCCUCUCACAGCCCCAGCUCAUACAGCUCCCAGCCCAUCCUCUCACAGCCCCAGCUCACACAGCUCCCAGCCCAUCCUCUCACAGCCCCAGCUCACACAGCUCCCAGCCCAUCCUCUCUGCACUCUGGCACCCAUUGCUCACAGUAAUUUUUUUUUACAUAAUAAAUCUCUGCUUUUGUUUGCUCUCUGUAGCAGUGUAACUUCUGAACCAUUACAGGCUCUUUGUUACCAUCUGUGCUAGCAAGACUGUAGAAUGUGCUAGACUAGGGGGGAAUGUUUGACAAAUAAAAACCUGUAAUCCUC